AAAAAAAAAGAAAAAGAAAAACAAAAUAGAGGAGGAUCUCAAAUUUGCAAUACAUAUAUCUAUUAACCUAUUUUUUUUUAAAAAAUAGAAAUAUAGAAAAAAAAUGACUACGACUUCCCCUGUUCCUAUUUUUAUAUUAAUGGGUACCGCUGGAUGCGGUAAAACAAGUGUUGCUUGUGAAAUGCAAAAAAUUUUAAACUGUCAAUAUCUUGAAGGUGACUCCUUUCAUCCUCAAAGUAACGUAGAUAAAAUGGCAGCAGGACAUCCUUUAAAUGAUGAUGACCGUUGGCCCUGGUUACGUUCUAUUCGUGACCAUCUUAUCGUGAAAGCUAAAGAAGUCUAUGAUAGUGACAUAAAUUUACCUAGUCGUGUGGUAAUCGUCACCUGCUCUUCUCUCAAAAAAGUGUAUCGAGAUAUCCUUCGUGAGGUUCCCUCAGAAUUGGGCACUGUUAUUUUUGUCUAUCUUAAGGGCUCACCAGAGUUGUUAUUACAACGUAUUCAAGCUCGUACAGGUCACUUCAUGCCUGCUUCUAUGCUUAAAUCACAGUUGGAUACCUUAGAGGAACCUGAUGAAAAGACUGAGAAUGUGAUUGUUGCUAGUAUUGUUCCUUUGCCCCAUGAGGAGGCUAAGAAUAUUAUUGCCGUUGCUGUCGAAAGAGGUGCUUUACCUGUUUCAGUUCUUGUUGGACAGUAGAUAAUCUCAUUUAUAUUGUCUGUGUGUAUUCUGGUU